GGCUGCCCAGACCGUGCGAAGUCAAGUCGGCAAGCGCAGGUCAUGUCGGAACGUCCAACCUCCAAUUCACGGCGACUGCCUCCCACCAUCCCCCCAGAUCGCAUCGUGGAGGGCCGGUUUCUCGCCAAUUGAGCAUUCUCUUCCUCUCGGCAGUCAUCUCGAGCCGCUGAUCGACGAUGCAGAAGUGCCGCGCGUUCAAUGGCGCUCUGGGCCGGAAAGGCCUGGUCCCCGCCCCUACCAGUUCGCGACUGCAGUUCCAAGUGCAGCGACGAAAUAUCCAGGAUGUCCACGUUACUAGGACCGGAAAGCCUAUUCUGAAGAUUCAAGGAGGACGAUCAUCCCUAGGAGGUCAUACCGCUACCGUUUUUGGAGCUACUGGUUUCCUCGGUCGCUAUAUCGUCAACCGACUUGCUCGUGCUGGAUGCACUGUUGUCGUUCCCUACCGUGAAGAAAUGACCAAGCGUCACCUCAAAGUCACUGGUGAUCUCGGCCGAGUUGUUUUCAUGGAAUACGACCUGCGCAACACACAAUCGAUCGAAGAAAGCGUUCGUCAUUCGGAUGUCGUCUACAAUCUCGUUGGACGUGAUUACCCUACCAAGAACUUCACCUACGAGGACGUCCACGUCGACGGAGCCCAGCGCAUUGCGGAUGCUGUUGCCAAAUACGAUGUCGACCGAUUCAUUCACGUUUCUUCGUACAAUGCAUCCGAGGACUCUCCUUCUGAAUUCUUCCGUACCAAGGGAUGGGGUGAGCGUGUCGUGCGUGAAAUCUUCCCCGAGACCACUAUUGUUCGCCCGGCCCCGCUGUUUGGCUUCGAAGACAACCUGCUUCACAAACUCGCUGGCGUGACUAACCUCCUCACCUCAAAUCAUAUGCAAGAGCGCUACUGGCCAGUUCAUGCUAUUGAUGUCGGUACUGGUCUGGAGCGCAUGCUCUACGAUGACAAUACCGCCGGCCAAACGUUCGAAUUGUACGGCCCUAAGCAGUACUCGACCGCUGAAAUUGCCGAACUUGUCGACCGAGAGAUUGUCAAGCAUCGCCGCCACAUCAACAUUCCCAAGGCCGCCCUUAAGCCUCUUGCUUUCUACUUGAACAAGUACCUUUGGUGGCCUACCUUGUCCGCCGACCAGAUCGAGCGUGAGUUCAUCGAUCAGAAGAUCGAUCCUACCGCGAAGACAUUCAAGGAUCUCGGUGUCGAGCCUGCUGAACUCAGCAAUCUGACUUUCCAUUAUCUCAUGGGGUACCGAAGCUCCCAGUACUACGAUCUACCGCCGGCGACCGAGCGUGAGCAACGGGAGGAGAAGAAGUACCUCCACGUCUUGGACGACCAAUAAUUGACUGCCUUGUACCUUGAUAUGUGUAAAUAAAACAGUUUCCUGACUAGACUGGUUUCUUUUGUCGAACACAUGUUUUUACUUAACGUCGUGCUUGUAGAACACCACGGUAUCUAGUAGGUUAGUCGCAUUCCAGUAUCUAAUAGAAUAUAUGUGAUGUAGUCGACUUGAGAUGUCACAAAA